UGCCUUUUUAAGGCCGGUAGCAUCAUGCUUCCGGGGGCGUGGUCUGCGCUUAGGAAUACCCGGCCCUGCGCUGGGCUGAUUCAUUCCGGGGCUGGAGCUAAAAGCGUCAACGUCGACUUCUGCGCCGGGUGCAGCCUCGCUCCUAAUUGGUUGGUCCUCGGACCGCCCUCCUCCGCUCGCCACCUCUGGGUUCCCUCCCUGGUCCGCAGUAAGAACACUGCCCUCUCGUCUCUUGACCCUUGGGCCUCUCUCCCUUCCCUCCCUCUCUCCCGUCGCCGCUGUCGCUUCAGGCGCCCCUGCUCCCGGAGCAGCUUCCGGCUCGGUGAUGGGGUCUCGGGCUUCCACGUUAUUGCGGGACGAAGAGCUCGAGGAGAUCAAGAAGGAGACUGGCUCCGGGAAGAUUUCCAACGGAUUCCAGAACUUGCCAUCAACCCACUGGGGGACCGGAUCAUCAAUGCCUUCUUUCCGGAGGGAGAGGACCAGGUAAACUUCCGUGGAUUCAUGAGAACUUUGGCUCAUUUUCGACCCAUUGAGGAUAAUGAAAAGAGCAAAGAUGUGAAUGGACCAGAACCACUCAAUAGCCGAAGCAACAAACUGCACUUUGCUUUUCGACUAUAUGAUUUGGAUAAAGAUGACAAGAUUUCCCGUGAUGAGCUAUUACAGGUGCUACGUAUGAUGGUCGGAGUAAAUAUCUCAGAUGAGCAGCUGGGCAGCAUUGCAGACAGGACCAUCCAGGAGGCUGAUCAGGAUGGGGACAGCGCCAUCUCUUUUACAGAGUUUGUUAAGGUUUUGGAGAAGGUGGACGUAGAACAGAAAAUGAGCAUCCGAUUUCUUCACUAAAGGACUGAGACCAAACUGUUCUUGCUUUUGAGUAUUUAAGAACUGGAAUUUGAGAGUCCUCCUCACCACCAGCCCCACCUCCACCCCAUUAUUCCGCCUUCUCCCAAAGUACUACUGCUGUUGCAUGAGAACCCCAAAUACGGUCUGUCAACACAAACCUGCCUUUGGUGUAUAAACAGGGCAUUACAGAAUGGUACACCCGUCUAUUUCUGUUCAGUAUCAUUCGCCAGUUAUCUCCAUUUCUAAAUACCAUCUCCCCUGGUUUGCUGCUGAAUGCCACAUGUCCAUCCAGUCUGAGAAAAUGAGAGAGGGACUCCUGCCAAGAACCAACCAGCAAAGCUCUUUCACUGGAUGUAGAUGAAACCGUGCUGCCUUCCCUCCAGCCAGGCUUUGGCAUGCUCCUUCAUCUUUUUUUUAUAUCUUUUUUCAUCCCUCGCUUUCUACUUCUCUCUCACCCAACAGAUCAUUCACUUUGUCUUUCAGUCUCUCUGCUUUUCUUUAAGCUUCAGUCCCUCUGUUCUACUUGGCACCCUAAGCUAUGCCUGUUAAAUGUAUUUCUCACUUGGCAGGAUAGUGCAGUGGUCUGGCAGUUUUUGUCUAUCUUCAUUCUUAAACGGGUCUCUGGGAUGUUGCCUCUCCAGGAGGUUUUCCAUAACCAACAUUUCUCUCAGAAAAAUGAUCAUCUCUGGUCCCCUGCACUCUGCUCUGUCAUCAAAGGGCCGUUGGUUGGGGAUGUUCUUCUUGAAAGGUAGUGGCUUUGGUGAGAGGUGUAGAGCCAAGUGUGCUAGGUGGCUUGCCCAGGUCGCUCUACCUCUGGCCUCUGAUUAUCAAUAUACACACCUACGUGGCUACUCAUGUUAGUACAGUGUUGACUCUUCAGAAAAUAGCCAUAUGCCUGCAGGUUUAUUUAGUUUGGGGGCAUCAUCACCACCAGAAUGGCUGCUCUGCCAAUAUGCUUGGGGCCUUUCUCAUGGCUUUUUGAACAAGGAGCCUGGGCAUUCUAAAAGCCUGGUAUGUCUCCACUUCUGCAGCAUGGUUUAUGCCUCAGUGUUAUGUGCCCUGGAAUGUUUUUCAUUUCACAUUUCCAAACUGGAAGAUUAGUGUAAUGGAAGUGCCUAAUUCAUCCCAGUCCAAGAGAUUUAAAGGUUAUCUUCAGUGUCUUGAUGUUUUGCACAAAAUUCUCUCUGAAUUUUACCGUUGGCAAAUAUUAAUGCUGGAAGCCAUAGUCGGCUCCUAAAAGAGGUCUAAAGCACUGAAUGUAUUAUUAUUAGCUACCUGGUUACGUUGACUUCCUAGCUCCUCUUGUAAACCACUAAUAUCUUGUAAACAAGGAGUCUGGCACCAGUGGCACGACCUGAAGUGGCAUUACAGGCUUUUGCAUGAGCCAGAGCAACUUCUCUGCCUAUCCAGCUUGGUAUCGACCUGUCUGAAUCAGGCUGUUGUCAUCCUAACAUCUGUUUAUGAGUCUUUAUGUCUAUAUAUCUGCCCUUGGCCGAUUUUCUCUGACUCAUUGAUUGCUUGCUUGCUUGCUUGUUUCCUUGCUUUGGAAGGCUAUCCAAGAAGGGAAUUGCUUAAAAACAGAAAUGCUGCAAAGGGAUUGGGAAGGGUGGGAAACAGGAAUGGCCAGACUGGAUGACUCAAGUAUAAAUGACUAAGAAAUUCUUAAUGAAGUAUCGGUCUAACUUUGUGAUCAAGUGAUGUAUUAUAGGAAAUGUAUAAAAGGGAAGAAUUUUCUGACACUGGUCUGUUAGAGAGGUACUUCAGAGGCUCCUUGACUUGCAUAUUUAAAGUUCCUAAGUUUAUGGCUUUUUCCUCCUUUUGGCUGUAUAGCAAACUGUUUGAAUCCACAGUUGUGCCUUACUGUUCCAUUAAAAUUGUAUUCUUCGAUCCAUCAAUAAAUACUUGUGGUUAAAACAAAA